GACUUGCACCACGCGUGACAUGCGGCUGAUCGAUGUUCGCACGAUUGAACUUCGAUGGUUCAAUGACGAUGAAAUACCCGAUUAUGCAAUUCUUUCGCAUACAUGGGGUGCAGAUGAGGUGAGCUACCAGGAGUUAGUGUGGAUCAACCGCAUCAAGGCAUUCACAGCCAGCUACGAGACACCCUCGUCCUCAAUCGCCUCGCUCAGUAGCCAAGAUGAGUCUUCGUCGCUCAUGCUGGCUGCGAUGGAGACAAUGUUGCGAAGUAGUACGAGCUUUGCAACAAAUUUGAGCGGUGUUAAAGAGGAGGACCUCCUAAGAAGACAAGGGUACUCGAAGAUUGUCAACGCCGCAAAGGAAGCCAAAAACCUGGGCUUCAAAUACAUCUGGAUCGACACAUGCUGCAUCGACAAAUCGUCAAGCGCAGAGCUCCAGGAAGCCAUCAAUUCUAUGUAUCGUUGGUACAGGAAUUCGGAGGUUUGCAUCGUUUACCUUGAAGACGUCUGGCCGUCCGAGGCUGGGCCAGGCGAAGGCCAAACUGCAUCAGAAAUCGCUAGAAAUGCUUUUGAUACUAGUCGCUGGACGAAAAGGGGAUGGACUCUCCAAGAGCUUGUUGCUCCACCAAUCUGCCGCUUUUAUCUCCGUAACUGGAGACUCCUCGGCGAGAAAGAGGAGUAUAUACAAGAGCUUUCAGCGACUACCGGCAUACCUGUCUUUGUGCUUGAGGAUAGCCGCUCUAUCAGCGAGGUUUCCGUUGCUGAACGUAUGUCUUGGGCUGCCGAUCGUCAGACAACUCGUGUCGAAGACCUCGCAUAUUGUCUCCUUGGGCUCUUCGACAUCCAAAUGCCAUUACUGUACGGAGAAGGUAAUAAAGCUUUCAUUAGGCUGCAGGAAGAGAUACUCAAGACGACGGAUGACUACUCUGUCUUCGCCUGGCGCGCCAAAGACUCCACUCCAUCAAUCUACCGCGGCCUCCUCGCUCGCUCGCCCAUCGAAUUCCGCGACUGUCAAUCUUUCGAGCGCGAAGAAAGCAUGGCCACUUUCCCAAUCAAUCCAACGCCUAUUGGCCUGCAUGUUCAACUUGAGUUCCUUCCCCAUCCGCAGGACAAAACCCGCAUCCUAGCUCUCAUCCGUGCCUCCAACUCGCUGAAUCAAAGGAUCGCAAUCACUCUCAAAUGCCUCGAUGGCCUAUCGCAAUAUGCACGCAUCGACGCUGGUGCGCUAACUCCCAUAAAUGACUGGCCUACAGGUCAACUCCGCACGAUCUACGUCCGCCAGAACCCUUCCAUCCCACCUGACUUCACGACGCCCGAGUUCUCAUCGUUUCAUAUUCGCCGGCGCUUCGCGAAUCAAAGCAUUCCGCCUGUACGCAUCAUCUCUGCCUUCCCGCGGGAACUGUGGGAUAGUGAAACACAUGAGCUGCGGAUCCCGGUAUCAGCACCCAAGGCGUUUGGAGUGUUGCUAUUGAGGGUGCAGAAUCACGCUUAUGCGCAAUCCCUCAGCUUUCCUGUUGCUUUUGGAUUCGAUAGAGCGACGUGUCACUACUGGAUCAAAGCAGUGCCAGACUAUGUUGCGCCGGAAGGCCUAGGUGCGAGGGCCGCAUGGCAGACGGUGUUGAAAAGGGACUAUAUACCAGAUGAAUGCUAUGAUGCUCGGACAGAAGGGGACGUGAGGCGUGAUAUCUUCGUUGUGGGGGACAGUGGAGUAGGCAUCAGUGUGGGCAUCAAGGCAGGCUUAGUCGGCGACAGAGUCGCAUUGGUGGUCAGUAUCGAUGGUUUGAUAUGGUGGCACUGAUUUGACUAUUGUGUGCCAUACUGAGCUUCUUCUGACGAUAAUCUACACGAUACAACUCAGAACCGUACUUUGAUCUAUCAAUUGCCGAAAAGAAAUCUUGUUGUACCGCAUUAGGCCAGGUUCCAGAUAUGGCGGCAGUGUAGGGCAAGACAUUCCUCAACGAGCGCGAUAAGGCAGAGUCAAUCGGCAGCGGCUCACCAAAUUGUGGGAGCAGCAGGAUAGAUCUAUCGAUACGAUCUACAGGGGAGCCACCAUCAUCCAUGUAAGCCUGGAAGUAUUUGAGUAAUUGAAUAUGGAGCGAGCUAUCAAUGGAAAAUGUCACUCAGACGAGCAUGGCG